AUGGCUGUGUCGUUAUCUGACCAAUAUGUCCUGUUUAUACUACAAAACGUCGGCCAGGAGAACAGGCUCUUACAAGAACAGUUAAAAUUAAAGACGACUAUAAACGAGACGAAGUUGUCCAUCGAAGAUAUGAAGGUUGAUAAAAUGGACAAUUUGUCAAACAGAACUGCGAGACACGUUACCAAAGCUAUGCAGGGUAAGCAUAUUUGUACUUAUAUCUGAUAAAUUGUGUAUACAUGUCAUUUCAAUGGUAUAGAACGCUCUGAUUUAAUGAAAGUUUAGGCUCCUAAAAUAAUUGCGUCAAAUAUUCAAAGGCUAAUUCAAGAUUGCUGAACUCAGUCAUAGAUGCUGUUUAAUAAUUUAUUACAUGCAAAUCACUGCUAAAAAUACUACAGUAUAUACCCCAUUUACUGUAUAUAUAUUAUAGAACCCUUGUCUUUGCCCUUGGCAGGCAAAACGUGCAAGUUAUGUUUACGCAAUAUAUUUCUGAUCUGCACUGUUGUGUUAUGCCUGACUCAAGGAGGACAGGCAUACAUAGGGGAAUUUGGCAGUUUCAAUUUUGCUACUGUAUGUAUGACAAUAAGCCUGAAAAUAAGAAAAAUAUGCCUGACCACGGUGGGAAUCGAAUCUACGACCUUUGGAAUGCUAGCCCAAUGCUCUGCCAACUGAGCUACGCGGUCUGGUCGGUUCGAGUAUGCGAUAUUUCGGAACAGAAUCUAGUUCCUUUGAUAUCAAUGUAAUCUAGUAAUAAUGAUAUUUUCUGUGUUGGUGCAAGCCAACAAGUACAACCGCGUAGCUCAGUUGGCAGAGCAUUGGGCUAGCAUUCCAAAGGUCGUAGGUUCGAUUCCCACUGUGGUCAGGCAUAUUUUUCAAGCUUGCCCGGUGUGGAUAUACACUCAGAAUAACAUCACAAGCAUCUUAUUCAUCUGAGUACAUUGCACCAACACAGAAAAUAUCAAGUUAACUUGUAUUUGCAGGCCAGCUAGGCCCGUAGCUAGACUGAUCAUUGGGGGUGUAUAUUCAUAUAUUUGUGUUCUGCCUGAGGGAUUUCUUUUGAAAGUAAUUGUUAACGUUGUUACACUACAUGAACAUGAAUAUAUGAAUAUACACCCCCCCACCACCACCCCCACCCCUCCAAUUAUCGGUUCUAGCUACGCCGCUGUUGCAGGCAUACACUUAUGAAACAUGAGUCAUCUUAUACAGCUAUACUAAAUAUUCUGUUUUAAUUUUAGUGUUGACUCUCAACACAACAUCAUGCUGCGUUCCAAGGUUUCCAAGGAACUGGCUCAUGAGUAUGGAGGGCCACAACUGUUUUAAUAAAAGGUAUGGUGUACACAGUAUUUAUGGUAUUUGUAAUUGUCUUGCCCAAGGCCAAAAAAAAUAUGUGGGUUUCCGGUUUCUUCUUAUAAAAACUUAGGUAGGGUAGGUCGGUUUUAAUCUUUUUUAAACUUUUUUUAAAAUUUUCCAAACAAAUGAAUGCCAUUUUGUUUAGUCAGUGCUUUCACAUCCAAAUUAGAUAAAUUUCCCUAAUAUUGCCUCAAAUUUCAAUUUUCCACGAACUUUUUCCUCUAAGUGGAAACACUUACAAGCAUGAUCCAAUAAAAAAGUUUAGGGUCGGGAUUUCAACGUCCAAAAGGUAGGUAGGGUCGGGAAACCGGAAACCCACAUAUUUUUUUUGGCCCAAUAGAUAUAUUUUAAAACCUUAUACCGGUAACUCCUGUGGUAUCUGGAUUCUGGUAAUCACUUUACCAUACUUUACUCUGUCAAUUUUUCAAUAUUAAUUACCAGGUGAUAUAUGUUGGGGGGUCACAAAACUCCCAACACAGCAACGUCUAUAGAGUGGUAUCACUUUAGUUUUGCUCACACCAGAGAAUCGUCCUAUAUAUGACUAAAGCUAGACAAUUGUACUGUACUUGUACAUAGCACAUGUCUCAAAAUUUGAUUUAAUUAAAGACUUUUGAGCAUAGUAUAGAAAGAGUAUAAUAUGCAGCUACUGUAAUUCUUAUGAUGUUGUCACAAGCAAUGCUGUAUUGCAGUAGUCAAAUGUCACAUGCCAGCAAUAUUAUCUGCAUUUGCUUGCAUUUUGUCAAAAAUAUUUGCGUUUUGGAUUGUAGAAUUGACUAUUGCAUGUGACAACCUUUGCAUGUGGACUGUAUUUAAAGAAUGGUCCUUAAAAUGAUUUUUUCUGUGUUGGUGUUAUGUACUCAGGUGAAUAUGAUGUUUGUGCAAUGAUACUCUGAGUGUAUAACCACACCGGGGAAGUUUGAAAAAUAGACCUGGCCAGGGUGGGAAUCAAAGCUACAGUACGACCUUGGAAUGCCCAAUGCUUUGCCAACUGAGCUAUCAUGAUUACUAGAUUGCAUUGAUAUCGAAAAAACUAGACUCAGUUCUGAAAUAUCACAUACUCGAACCAACUUGACUGCGUAGCUCAGUUGGCAGAGCAUUGGGCUAGUAUUCCAAGGGUCAUCUAGGUUCGAUUCCAACCGAGGCCGGGCAUAUUUUUCAAGCUUACCCUGUGUGGAUAUACACUCAGAGUGACAUCACAAGCAUCAUAUUCACCUGAAUACAUUACACCAACACAGAAAAAAUCAUGAUUAUUAGAUUGCAUUGUUAUCGAAGUAACUAGGCUCAUUUCCGAAAAUCACAUAGUAUUACUCGAACCGACCUGACUGCGUAGCUCAGUUGGCAGAGCAUUGGGCUAGUAUUCCAAGGGUCAUAGGUUCGAUUCCCACCGUGGCCAGGCGUAUUUUUUUCAAGCUUGCUUGGUGUGGAUAUACACUCAGAGUAACAUCACAAACAUCAUGGUCUUUAAAAUGUUUACGCGGUUUUUACAUAUGAUUUGGUACAAGUUCUCGUGAACAUCCAGAACAAAUUAUUUUGCGUGUUUAAAUUUUCCACCAACAUUAACACACAGCAAGGGAUUAAAGACUUUGAAGAUUUGUUAACAGCUUUAGCAUUAAUUUACACAGUAUAACCAAUUUUUUAAGAUUGAAUUUUUAUUAUUUUAUAAAGGACGAGGUUUGAACUUAUAACACUGCAUUUAAUUUUGAUAGGCAUUAAUUUAGCUUUGUAUUUCAAGGGGGUUGCUCAAUCUAAAACAUCCGUCUUUGGGUGUUUGUGACAUUUGUGACACUCUAUUUGAAAGUUACCUUUUGCUUUGUCUCCCCGAGCAAUGUAUAAAUUUAAAUACAUGCAGUAAAUGACAUUUUUAUGCUCAUUGCUUGUAAUGCCUCGAUAACCUCGUGGAUGAAUCUGUAAGGCUUCCAAAGUCGGAUUUCUUGCUGAGCAAAGUUGUGGCAUGCAUAAGCAGUCUACCUAACACCCCCCCCCCCAAAUUACUUACUGUAUGUCGCCUGCGACGAAAAGUAUGUAAAAUGAUUAUGAAGAAGAAUUUAAAGAACUUUCAGAGUCUGAACAACGCGCAUACGGUGGAAGGAAAAGUCAUCCAGGCAAUGUCAUCCAAUCAUCAAAUCAACAUUUGAUACAAAAUUGUACUGUGUGAACUCAAUAGUCAAAAUUUGUACUAUAAGUUUUCUAAGAACUUGUAGUAGUGUCAAGCUUAUUUGUUAUUAUUUUGUAUCUUUCUUUAGAGACUUGCACGCAGGCUGA